ACCAGCUGAGCAGCACAGGACCACACACAGUCUCAUUGAGUCAGUAGACAUGGAGGAUGGGAAGCCUGAUCUGCUGCUAGUCAAAGUGGAGACGAUAGAGGAUGGACCAGAGAGCAUUGAUCUGCUGAGUGAACUAAAGAUGGGGGAGCAAGGUGAUUGGCUAGAGGCUAAUAGAGGAGACUGGGCGACCAUCUUGGAUUCCCAGACCCAGACGGAUGCAGCCAAGGGCCCAGGGGACAACGUCACCGAGCAGACCACGACCAGAGGCGACAUAGUGGAGUCUGCAGUCUAUGAGGACCUGCUGAUUUCCGGUGUUGCUGGCGGGAGAGACUGGAUCACUGAAGUGGCUGGUCAGAAACCCUGGCCCCGGAUCAGGACACUGGAUCAGGAGCCGUCGCGGUUCCUUCUUGAGUUGGAACCAAGACCCAACCGCGAGGGACAAAGACUCCACCACCACACAGAAAACAACCUGUGGACAGGUGGACUGAACAACCUCAGUCCUGGUGGUCAUCAGAGAGACAGAGGCUCCAGUCAGCAGCCCAGACCCUUCUCUUCACAGUCUCAGUGCAGGGAUGGAGCAGGACCUGGGGCUGAUAGAGAUAGAUCCUCCUGUUCCUAUGAUACAAACACCACAGUAUCCAUGAUGAACAGAGCAGGUUACCCUGGGCUUCAGCCUUCACAGAGAGCAGUGGGAGAACCCCCUGGUGGUAGUCUAUCAGCAAGUCUGUCUUCUCCUUCAGAGUCUCUUCUAAAGCCUGGUGACUGGGUUCAUCGACGGCCUCAACCUGGGUCUAGCUUUCCUGGUCAUGGUUACCCCAUGAGUACAGACAGGGUCAGGAUGGGCGUUCAUCAGAAGAGGUACCUAGCCUAUAACACAGCACACAAUCCCAACAACACCCAAACAAUGGCUAGAGGUCUAGGAGGGAGCUCAAAGACUAAUCACCUGAGGGCGGUGGCUCAUGCUUCUAUCUCCUCUGGUGUCAUUGGAUCACAACGUGAGAGGCCGAGCAUUAGUACGGACGCCGACAAGCCCUAUUCCUGCCCCACGUGUGGGAAGUGCUUCGCUAGGGCAAACUAUUUAAAGGAGCACCAGACCGUUCACACCAAGGAGAGGCCCUUCAAGUGCAAACUAUGUUACAAGAGCUUCUCCUUCCUGACUAACCUUACUAGACAUAAGAGUGUCCACAACGGGAAAAAUGUGUAGCAGUGUGGCUUGAGAUGUACACAGGGGAUAUCUGGGAACCAUUCUUUAGCUGACAUAUUAUAGUUAUCAUGUGAAGUGUCUUGGGGUAAGAGGGUAAUUAACCACAUACCCCUCAUUAACCCUUUGUUAACUUGUCAUUUGAAACAGGCUUGUGUAAAUACCUGUUUUUAGAGGCUAGAACAAGGACAGUUGAAUAUUUACCUUACUGAGGUGAUGUAGAUGGAAUAAAGUAAUUCUAUACUUUUCUACUCUAUUCUUACUAACACUGUUCUUUCCUAACAAGUCUGCUCACAGCUUGAAAGAUACUUAUAGGAGAUUUGAUGUGUAAUGUAAUAAGUAGUACCGUAUUUCAAAGAAUAGCGCGCAUCCCUAUUUAAUUUAACCACACCCUUUGAGCUAUGACGGAAACCAAUAAGAUCCCUUCUCCUCCGUGUUAAGGUUUUAAAGUGUCUGUCCUAUAGCUAGGAGAUAUACGUUUUUUUUUACACAUAUUUAACCCUUUUUUGCGGACACAAAACUACUUCCAUUAUUUAUUCUUUACGGGUACCGGGUUACCUUCAGACGAGUCCCAUGACACUUGUGGGGGUCGUAGAACAAAACGAAUCUCCCCUUUCUACAGUGGGGUCAUAUUAGUUUGUAGCCCAAAUGAUUUGGACGCUACAGACAGAAGUUGGCAUAUCGGCGGUACCGACUUCAGACGAGUCCCAUAGGCAAAACGUCAUCAGAGCCUCAUCUUUCCAUAGAGUGGUCAUAUUAGUUUGUCGGACAAACCGUUUUCAUGAGAAGACCG